AACACAGGCUGAACACAAUGUGGUUUCAGCUGGAUACUUUAAAUAGUAAUGAAACAAAGUAAAAAAAAAACAGUGGUGUGGUUUGGUGUGAGAGAACAGAAGUGUAGUACAGGCCGUUCUCUCAGUAUAUUUAAGGAAGGAAACUGUGCAGCCCACCCAGAUACCAGAGCUGUGCCCAGUAUAAACACAUUGUAAAGAACUGCAGAGAAUAAUACAGCCGCAGAUAUCAAAGGAUUCAGAUGGCAGUAAUGAAGAGAGACAGCAUUCUCAACAUUUUUCUAACUGUUUCAGUGCUGAUCUGUCUGUGCCAUGGUAGGUGGGUUAAUGUGCCACAAUCAGUUACAGCUGUUAAGGGAAGCUGUGUCACGCUACCAUGCAGCACCAGCUCACACUCUCAUGUGAUUUGGUACCAGUACGUCUCAGGUAGAGACCCAAUAGUGUAUUCCACAAACUAUGGAGAUAUAACAGACCGUUUCAGAGGAAGAACAUCAGCCCCAGGAAGUUCUUCAGCAGGAGACUGCAGCCUGAGGAUCUACAGAGUUCGCCAAGGAGACAACAGUGAAAAGCUGUAUCCAUGGAUCCAGCCUGACACCGGUAACGACUAUCAUCUCGUCCAAAUAUACAUUGUGAACCCUGAGAAUCCCCACAUUUCCAUAGACAACCAACAAGUGGAGGGAAAACUGUUCUCUGCCACCUGCUCAAUCCGUCAUUCCUGUCCUUCAUCUCCACCACCGGUCGAAUGGAUUGGCUUAUCUAGUGUUUCUAACAGUGAGCCCACCACAAAGGAACAGGACGGACUGUGGACUACGGUCUUCCAAGCGAAGUUCAAACCAAGCCUUCAGGACCACGAGAAGUAUCUCAGGUGCCAAAGCAUCUUCAGCAGUCAAACAACUUACAGCAAUGCCCUUCAGAUCAACGUCUUAUAUGCCCCCUCAGAUGUGAGAAUACAGGCUGAAGGAAUCAGUGUGGUUGAGGGUGGUUCUCUCUCACUCACAUGUUCUGCUACCAGUAGACCUCCACCUUCUCGCUACGAGUGGUCUGUUUCUCAGAUGGACACCACUGAGAAGUACAGUGGAGCAGAACAUCGCUACACCCUUAAAAAUAUCCAGCGGGAGACCUCCGUUUCCUGCACUGUGUUUAACUCUGUUGGAGAGGGUCAGUCAGAGCAGCUCAAGCUGAACGUCCACUAUGCCCCCUCAGAUGUGAGAAUACAGGCUGAAGGAAACAGUGUGGUUGAGGGUGGUUCUCUCUCACUCACAUGUUCUGCUACCAGUAGACCUCCACCUUCUCGCUACGAGUGGUCUGUUUCUCAGAUGGACACCACUGAGAAGUACAGUGGAAAAGAACAUCGCUACACCCUUAAAAAUAUCCAGCGGGAGACCUCCGUUUCCUGCACUGUGUUUAACUCUGUUGGAGAGGGUCAGUCUGAGCAGCUCAAGCUGAACGUCCACUAUGCCCCCUCAGAUGUGAGAAUACAGGCUGAAGGAAACAGUGUGGUUAAGGGUGGUUCUCUCUCACUCACAUGUUCUGCUGCCAGUAGACCUCCACCUUCUCGCUACGAGUGGUCUGUUUCUCAGAUGAACACCACUGUGAAGAAGAGUGGAGCAGAACAUCGCUACACCCUUAAAAAUAUCCUGCGGGAGACCUCCGUUUCCUGCACUGUGUUUAACUCUGUUGGACGGGGUCAAUCAGAGCAGCUCAAGCUGAACGUCCACUAUGCCCCCUCAGAUGUGAGAAUACAGGCUGAAGGAAACAGUGUGGUUGAGGGUGGUUCUCUCUCACUCACAUGUUCUGCUGCCAGUAGACCUCCACCUUCUCGCUACGAGUGGUCUGUUUCUCAGAUGAACACCACUGUGAAGAAGAGUGGAGCAGAACAUCGCUACACCCUUAAAAAUAUCCUGCGGGAGACCUCCGUUUCCUGCACUGUGUUUAACUCUGUUGGACGGGGUCAAUCAGAGCAGCUCAAGCUGAACGUCCACUAUGCCCCCUCAGAUGUGAGAAUACAGGCUGAAGGAAACAGUGUGGUUGAGGGUGGUUCUCUCUCACUCAAAUGUUCUGCUACCAGUAGACCUCCACCUUCUCGCUACGAGUGGUCUGUUUCUCAGAUGGACACCACUGAGAAGUACAGUGGAAAAGAACAUCGCUACACCCUUAAAAAUAUCCAGCGGGAGACCUCCGUUUCCUGCACUGUGUUUAACUCUGUUGGACGGGGUCAGUCUGAGCAGCUCAAGCUGAAUGUCCACUAUGCCCCCUCAGAUGUGAGAAUACAGGCUGAAGGAAACAGUGUGGUUGAGGGUGGUUCUCUCUCACUCACAUGUUCUGCUGCCAGUAGACCUCCACCUUCUCGCUACGAGUGGUCUGUUUCUCAGAUGAACACCACUGUGAAGAAGAGUGGAGCAGAACAUCGCUACACCCUUAAAAAUAUCCUGCGGGAGACCUCCGUUUCCUGCACUGUGUUUAACUCUGUUGGACGGGGUCAAUCAGAGCAGCUCAAGCUGAACGUCCACUUUCCUCCCAAAAUCCUGCUCUCUCCAAAUUGCUCUGAGUGGGCUGGAGGUCUGCUCUGCGUGUGCCGAGCGGAGGCCGAGCCCAAAGCUAACGUCUCCUGGACGGUUGAUGGACGCCAUGCACGUUUCCCACAGUUCAAUAUCACAACCAGCUACAGCGGUACAGUGACGGUGUCGGAGUUAACCGGCCCACUGACCGGCAACGUAUCCUGUACCGCAUCCAACUACCUCUCCACAGACCUCCACCACACCACUGUCCUGAUUCCACAGUCAGACGGAAACUCUGUUAUAAUAGCCACCGUGGCUGCUGUUUGCGUCAUCCUGGGAGUUACUGUGGUGGCUGUUUACCUGAGAAGGAGACGUCAAAUCCCCCAACACUCUACCUCCAGUCAGCGUGCAUGUUCAAAUGAAAAUGUAAGCAAAACUGCUGAUGUGUGCGAAUCCAAUCUUUACGGUAACAAUGUGAAGGAUGACGAUAUUUACGCCAACACCAUGGAGAUAGAAGAGAUUUCUACAGAGAAGAAGAGCAAAAGAAGAAAAGCACCUGAACCAAAGUAUUUUAUCGAUGACAUGGAUGACAUAUAUGCGAAUUGCUGAGAUCUUCUCGAUAUCUCCUCAUCGUGAUGACAGCUCUUCCUCCCAGAUCAUCUUCAGAAACCUUCAGUGCUACAGUACAAUACCUGUUAAGAUAUUGCGCUGUUUUACAUGCACUCAGUAAUCUGAUAAACCACUUUAACUGUGCAACCACUUUGGUUUUCUUCAAGAAAUGCAAUUUCUAUUUUUUCAUUGUGCUUUUUAGUCAAAUACUGUGAUUUAAUUUAGAGACAAUUAAUAUAUAAGUAAACAAAGCUAAAUUAAAUAUAUAUUUAUAUUUUAAAGUCAAACGAGCGCUGGAUGUUAAUCUACACAGAUUUAUCUCUUGAAAACUAUUUAUUUGGGUGAGUAAAACAAUCCUGUUUAUUUACAGCAAGCUUAGAUUUUCAAUAUUUUCAACAGCAUGAUUAGCAGCAGUGCUAGACGCGGUUAGCAGUGCUUAGCGCUAGUAAAUGCCACUCGAAAGCGCUACACUGAGGAACCCUGAGUUUUCUGGUAGCCAGGGUGAUAUUAGCUAGCGGUUCAUCUCAUUAUCUUGUUUUAACACGUAAAACAUGCAGACUACAGUCUGAUAAUACUUAACUCUAAAUGCCGAAAGAGCUAGCGCUGCAGUUAGCGGCUAAUGCUAAUACUGCUCCAGUCUUUGUGCUGGAGAACUAAACUGAGUGGCUUUACUGCUCCUUAAUACCUGACUGUUAGAAUUAAUACAUAAGGAACACCAGAUUAUAAAACACACUGAUGAUUUUUGGAAAAAUGAAAGGAUUUUAAGUGCACCUUAUAGUGCAAAAAAUACGUUUUAUUUUUAAAAAGGAUUCAUUAAAGGUACGUUUUUUUUGUUUAAUAUCUAAAAUUUUAAAUUAAUAUCUACUUACGUGUUAAAUAUCUUUUUAAAAGUUUAUUUUAAGUUAAAGGUCUUCAUAAAUGUAAAAAAAAAAACCAAACAAAAAAAUUAUUUCCAAGUAUUUACAUCUGGAUCUGAUACACAGUUCAGAAGAUUCAGCACCUUCUGUCUGAACCCACUUUUAGUUUAAUAUAAUUCAGUAUACUUAUAAAUACUUAUUUCCAAAUAUACUUUUGUACAUUUUUAGCAAACUGUGUUAAAAACAACUGUUACUGUAGUUCACUUAAACAUAUCGUAACUUUUUAAAAAGUAAAUUAAAUUACUACAUUGGUAAAAUGUUUUAAAAAUAUAUUUAGGUAAUGUAAAAAAACAACAUACAGUACAUGUUAAAAUUUAAAAAUUGCUUUUAGAGAUCUUUUAUCUGCUUCAUGUUGUCAGACAGGUUCUAUUUAAGUGAUUUCUUGAUUCUACAGGUCUGGCAGUAAUCAGGCCUGGUUGUGUUUAGUAGUGAAAUUAAACUCAGCUUUCCAAACAAAUUACAGUUAAUUCAGUUUAAAAUCAAAUCUGCUUUUGAUUAUUAUUUACUCAGGUUAUCUGUUUUUGUUUGUUUGAUAAUAUGAAAAAUGUAAGUAUGACAAAAAAAGGAAAACAAAUUAAAUCUGUGAAGUCGCAAAUAA